AUGUGGAAGGAACAGAGCAAAUGUCUCCAAGAAAAGGACCGAACUGUCUCCAGCAACUUGUCAGUGACAAACAAAGAAUUAUUCGACAGGUUAAAGAGUGCACUGCGAAAAGACCAAAAGGACAAGGAAGAUUUCAUUGCGGACCUGCUUAAGUUAGAGAACCCGAAAGAGGUGCUGCUCCAAAUGGACAGCAGUGACUUCUUAGUUGUAUCAAAGAAAGAGGCAAAGGCGUACUUUGAGUUAUGGUGGAGAGUCACCACAGAAGUAUUCCCAUUCAAAAGGAUCUUCAAGAGGUGGCACCACACAAAGGCACAGACACUAUUUCUUUACCAUGUAUUGUCACUCCCUCCGGAUAUGGUGCAGCUACACCGUGGGGACACGUCAUUUUUAAUAGACAGGUACAAGGACACGUACGAGUACACUCCUUCAGUGAAGGAAAUGGCCCUGUCUAAUUAUAACACAGAAGAAUUAUUCAGCUUAAUUGGGGAAUUAGAUGUAGAAGAUGGUCAUUCUAUUCUGAGCCAUGGGAUAUCCACUGUACCAGAACUGAUUUGUCUUGGCCUUAUAAAAAGUGCCCAGAAGUAUGAGCGACUGUUUAUGGACACGUUUUCGUACUGCCUCCUGCCGAGUGAGCGGAGCCGGCUUAUUCUUAGGAAGGUAUUUGACAGGAAGCCUAAAUUAACCUUAUUAACCAUGGAGAAGUUGCAUGCCCUGUCAUUUUCACUUGAUGAGUGUUUAGUGGCAUGUCUUGAGUGUAAGCUACUGCCGUAUAUUAUCAGGGAGUUAGAUCCACUGGAGUUCUCUCUUGACUUGAUUUUAGUGGCAAUCACUCGGGAGAUAAUUGAUUUAAGCGUUAUUCUGUGCAUGCAAUUGAAUGACGAGUUUGUUAACAGUUUUAUACACCAUAUAAUAUUCAGGUAUGGGAAGGGUUCAACAAAAGGGAUCAGUAUAGGGCCACUGACUGUGGACAUUAUUAUUUCCACGUGCAUAACACUGGAGGGACUAUCAAAAGGGUUACAGAAAAGCACUAAUAUGCUACUGUCUAAGCUUAAAAGUGCUCUUAUACCGGAGAUCAGGACGUGUCUAGUGAAGAGAGUCACAUUAAAACAGCAAGCGAGUGAAUUCCUGCACAAUGUGAUCUCUGGGAGGACGAUUAACUCAGAUGCGAUUGUGUACAUGACGCAGAUAUCCUCAAAUAAAAGCUCGUACGACAUGGAGCUAUUUGAGCACAUUCUUAAUGAGAUGGAGGUCAAGUACAAUUUAUUAGACCGGCUGAGUCUUCAGGAGGUGAUGGCCAUGUCCAUGUUUUAUGGGAGGAUGAUUAAGUACGAAAUACUCUCCAGUAAGAGGACAAAGGCGGCAAUGCGUAAAAUGGCACUGUUCCUUAGGGAGGAUCCGUGCAGUAACCGGUUUAAAUUUGCACUGAAGUGCUUAGAGUCAUUUGGAGACAUUCUGGAGAAGUACCCGUUCUAUGCCCAGGAGUAUUCUCGCAUGCCACAGGUGUACGCUGCGAACAAGUCAUUGUACACGUUCAUACGGGGGAAUUUAAGCAUUCAAGAGCUUACCUCUAAGAAUGAGAUUGAAGGGAGCCUGCCAUUCUCUGAUUUAGUUGCAGACGCACUGGGCCACAUAGAGACGCACCCGAGCUGGCAGAAGUCUUUUAAUAUGCUUACACUGUCUAAUGCACAGAGUUUAGCAGAGAGUAUUCGGGCACAGAGUCCAUCAGAAGUGGAGAUGGCUAAGUACCUCAUUGCAAAGAGGAUGUUUAGGGAGACCAACCAUCUGAAGGUAUACAUACAGUUUAUCAUGGAGUACUCAGAGACACUUUAUUUGAGAGUACGGGAGAUGUUCUUUGUUAUUCUUAGGGCGUAUGCGGAGAGGCAUGCAGAGAUAGACAGGACGGACAAGGCACCUUCUCUUCGUAUAAUUGGGACGUAUCUUGGUAUGCUGACGUUUACUGAUCGUGUGCCUAUUAUAAGCAGCGAUUUCAAUGUGAAGGAGUACCUUGUGGACAGUGCUGGUAAGGAGUGCAUAUACUCUGCAGUGGUGUUUGUCUGUAAAUAUAUUGAAGAGUGUGUAAAUAGCAAAAUUCUUGGGAAGACCAGUCCGUACGUGUGCUCUAUCCUGCGGGUACUGUCAGAAAUUCACUUUCUUGCUGAGGGGAGUGACCUGAUAUCACUGGAGAUUGAAAUAUGCUUCUCAAAGAUAGAGAUACCGAUUGAAGACAUCUACCCGGAUAUUUCAGUGCAGGAGAAGAGGCUGGGCGCAAAGAGAAAGGCAUCUGGAAUAGCGAAUUACAUAGAGCUGGAAGGUGUCAGGAGUAUGCUGGCGCAUAUUGCAGUGAUGGGGUUGGACCUUGCGAUAAGAGACAUUCCGUACUUGAUAGUGGAUAAAAUAUUCAGUAUAUGCAAUAGGACGUCAUCAGAAGCAGUGAAAAAAGACUUCCCAGGCCGGCCAGAGCUUGCAGUUCGUGCGUAUAAGAAUAUGGUAUGUGCACUGACGGUUUCAUUAGCAUGCUCGUCCACAGCAGGCCCGAUCAAAGCAAGUGCUGCAAAUAAUAUUGCACACUUUAUGCGGCUUGCAGGGAUGGAGGACGCCCUCAGUAAUGAGAAGAUAUCGUACAUCGUGGAUAAGAACAUACCCAUUUGCUUGGGGAUUGUAGAGUACAUUGCCAGGGAGCGGGUCGGGGCAGGAAUCAACUUAAAAAUAGACGAGCUUGUAGAGGAAGUGUCACAACUCCCGAUACAGCCAGUGCCUGGGCAUAACAUAGACCUGUACAAUCCAAAGGAGUACACUAAACCAAGCUACAUCAUUGCAGAUGAGAUUCAGACAAUCACAAUAGGAGAGUACCACGAGAUAUGCGCAUACCUUACAUCAAUAAACUACAAGAACAGAGAGAGUGCAGAGGCAGUCGGACCAUUCACUAGCUCAUCAGCACAGAAGAAGUGGGAGGACGUACAAAAGAUCCUGCAUGAGAUUGAGAAGGCGUCAGAUGAGGUGGUUAAGCCCAAACUUACAAUUGACCUACUGGAGAGCGUACACGCAAUCAUUAACUUUGCCUCAUCGAGUGCAAAUGAAAUGGCGUGCCUGUUCUUCUGCCAGAACAUCAUUGGGAGUAUAUUUAUGCUUAGUAACCAGUGGGCACGGACUAUCUGCAUACAGGCAGUCUACCGCAUAUGUAAGAUAUCGUACAGUUCCAUGCGAGAAGUCUCCUCCUGGCUUAUAUACGCUGAGGAUGAAAGGAAGUUCAACCCAAAGGUAAUCGCACAAAUGCUUGACCAUAAGAUUAUGAACGUCCUGGAGUACGACCAGCACCUUGGAAGUACGCUAAUGAGAAACACACAGCGGUCAAAAUUCGCAGUUGAGCUGUUGAAAAUGUGCAUUGUGUCCGAUACGCCCGUGGGAAGCCCAUUUGACUACAUCUGCACGAUAGAGGCCGUUUCAAAGACAGCGAAAGGGUCUUCAGAUGAUAAAGUCAAGAGCCUUCUUAAGGAAAUCGCCAGUAGAAUAUUCCUGAUCAAGAAGGACAGCCAGGAUAAGAAACUCUUUGAUGAGUGGACUGAGGCGUACUUCUGUAAAGUGCUGGGUGGUGAGCGAUCAGCAGCACUUGGCGUUAUCCUGCGGGACAUUAAAGAGCGUGCAAAUAAUUCAGCGAGUCUGAAGGAGUUCAUUAAGUGCGGGUUCUCUGCGGCGAUGGAGGCUUAUCUUCGGGCACGGAAAGAGUGCUCUCCUAUUAAGUACCUAAAGUUUGAGUCUCUUGCUGUGCUUAUAUCCACUAUCUCUACUGCACCCGAUGUACUCUCUGAGUGUCUCUCUAUCCUUGUGGAGAUAUUCAUAGAUGGCAUUGAUAUACAGUACUACCAGAUACAGACACUGUUUACGCGAACACUGCAGGUGAUCCUGGAGAAUAUAACGGUUGAUCAUGAAGAUGUGAUAUUUAACUUUUUAACUGUUAUGCGGCCCACGUGCUUUGGCUUCUUCUUGUCUGGGUUUGUUGAGCUUGUUUUCUCUGACUAUAUUAUUCGAAAUAUGUUCCUGCGGAAUGCAUUCCGGGGUGUAGCAAUUCUUGACUGGAUAUAUCAGGCACUUCGUUUGUUUGAACCUUCCCCGGCACUGGAUUCGCUGGUGUAUGCCUGCGCUGCUUUUGUUUUGCAGCUGAAGAGGUACGCCCCGAAUUUCUACAGUCACUAUUCGUACCUUGCACUGCUUAUGGUGCCAAUUGGGCCACCAAUGGUUCUGCUGCGUAAUGUGUGGUCACUGCACAGGCAUCCUUCUUACAUGGAGCUUUUAAUGCAGCACAAACACAUUAUUAUAAACACGGAUUAUUAUGCAGUUCUUGUGAAGGUGAAUGAGUCCCUCCAAGAAAAGAGUCCGGAUGUGUUUUCAGUCACCAGCAAUGAAGAGCUUCUCUCGCAUGUUUUAGUUGAUUCGCUCACAAACCAUGCCGAUUCAUCCAAAGUAUACCAGAACAUCAUCCUAGACUUAUUCUCACAGCCAGGGCGGAUAUCAUGCAAAGAGCAGAUCUUAGCAAGAUUGCUAGAGAAGAGCUGUGCUCCCUCACCAAGACCACUUUUUGUGCGCAAAACACUUGAUGCGCUUCUCAAUGCACAGGCUUACAUGGAAACAUUGGGCGAAAUCGUGCGGAGAGACAAAGAAAUUCUUAGCAAGCUUAUAGUCAAGGUAUCCACGAUACUGGCAACCGAUACUGUUCUAAAUUAACAAAAACUAUUUAUAAAUCACU